ACCCGGUCACAGGGAGAACGUGCAGACUCCACACAGACAGUGCCGGAGGCCGGGAUCGAACCCGGGUCUCUGGAGCUGCGGGAUGGUGGCUCUACCAGCCGCCCCACUGUGCCUCCCAACGGAAGAAGUGUUCCAGUACAAAAGCUGGCUGUUCACCUCAUUGAAUUAUGGGAUGUUAGCAUUCAUAAGUUGUGGGAUCGAGUUUAAGAGCCGCAAGAGUGUUCUGGGGGCAGCCCGCAAGUGUCGUCACGCUUCUGAUGCCAACGUAGCACGCCCACAACUUCCUAACCCGUACGUCUUUGGAAUGUGGGAGGAAACCGGAGCACCCGGAGGAAACCCACUGGGUCACAGGGAGAACACGGACACAGCCGGAGGUCGGGAUCGAACCCAGGAGACCGCUCUGCCCGUCGCUCUGGUCUGGCACCCCGGUGGGAUUCACUGAGCCGAGGCCAAGCUCCAGGACUCCGGACAUUCCCUCAGGUCUCCCAGGAUGGAGCAGGAGCAGCCGGCUGGUCCCGAGGCGAUGGCGCGGGAGGAGAGGUCGGCCCCUGACCCGCCAGCGGAAGCGGAGGAGGAGGGGGGCGGUGUGGUGGUAGAGACGGUGGUGGUGGGAGGGCCGGGGCCGGCUCCUGCCACCGGCGGAGGGGGGGACAAGCCCUUCUCCUGCCCUGGCUGCGGGCUGGGCUUCCGCCGCUCCUCCAACCUGUCCCGGCACCGCUGCCGCCCAGCCGGCGAGCGCCCCUACAAGUGUGGCGACUGCGGCCGCGGCUUCAACUACCCAUCGGAGCUGGCCAUCCACCGGCGCAGCCACACCCGCGAACGCCCCUUCGUCUGCGCCGUCUGCGGCAAGGGCUUCAUCUAUUCCUCCAACCUGCUGACCCACCAGCGGGGCCACACCGGCGAGCGCCCCUUCGCCUGCCCGCUGUGCGGCAAGGCCUUCGCCCGCUCCUCCAGCCUGGCCGCCCACCAGCGGGUCCACUCUGACGAGCGCCCCUUCCCCUGUGCCGACUGCGGCCGCCCCUUCAAGAGCGCCAAGGAGCUGAAGAUCCACCGGCGGCUGCAUGCCGGCGAGCGGCCCUUCCCCUGCGCCGAGUGCGGCAAGGGCUUCACCCAGCUCUCGGUCCUGCUCGACCACCGGCGCACCCACACCGGCGAGCGCCCCUUCGCCUGCGCCGAGUGCGGCAAGGCCUUCGCCCGCUCCUCCAGCCUGGCCGCCCAUGGCGGCGUCCACUCCGAGGAGCGGCCCUACCCCUGCGGGGUGUGCGGCAAGCGCUUCAAGAGCGCCCGGGAGCUCAAGACCCAUGGGCAGGUGCACUCGGAGGAGCGGCCCUUCCCCUGCGAGAUCUGCGGCGAGCAUUUCCGCCAGGCCCGGAACCUGCUAGCGCACCGGCGCACCCACACCGGCGAGCGCCCUUUCGCCUGCCCCCUCUGCGGCAAGGCCUUUGCCCGCUCCUCCAGCCUGCUGGCCCACCAGCGGGUCCACUCCGAGGAGCGGCCCUUCCCCUGCCCCGCCUGCCCCAAGCGCUUCAAGAGCGCCCGGGAGCUGGCCACGCACCGGCGGGUGCACACCGGCGAGCGCCCCUACGCCUGCCCCCUCUGCCCCCGCCGCUUCGCGCAGCCGUCCAUCCUGCAGACCCACCGGCGCACCCACACCGGCGAGCGCCCCUAUGCCUGUGCCGCCUGCCCCCGCCGUUUUAUCUGCUCCUCCAGCCUGCUCAACCACCGCCGCACCCACACCCGGGAGCGCCCCUUCGCCUGUGGCGUCUGCGGCAAGGCCUUCCGGCAGGCCGCCAACCUCCAGAGCCACCGCCGGCUCCACCUGUGAGCGGGCAGGUCCGCCUGCCGGCCCCAAGCGUCCCUACAGUACUCGGGGACCCCUCUCCUGUGAACCUGGGCUUCAAGGGGUGAGGGGAGGGGUUGGGAGGGUGCAGGAAAUGACUCGCCCCCGUCCCGCACAUCCCUGCAGCACUCGGGGACCCUUCUCCUGAGAUCCUGGUGGGGGUCCUGCCUUCAGCAGGGGCCGGGAGAGUGCAGGAUAUGACUCGUCCCCAUCCCUGCAGCACUCGGGGACCCCUUUCCUGUGAACCUGGGCUUCAGGGGGUGAGGGGAGGGGUUGGGGACCAUUGAGGCAAGAGCCCCACCUCCCUGCGGCACUUGGGACCCCCUUGUAUCAACCUGGAGGGUGUCCUGGCCUUCAGGAGGGGAGGGGAGAGGGGUUGGGGGGGGUUUAGGCAACAACGUCCCCAUCCUGCGCAUCCCUGCAGCACUUGGGGACCCCUCUCCUGACAUCCUGGUGGGGCUCAGUGCUUCAGCAGGGGUUGGGAGGGUGCAGGAAAUGACUUGCCCCCAUCCCACGCAUCCCUGCAGCACUCGGGUCCCCCUCCUGUACUCCUGGAGCGAACCUAGUCUUCGGGAUGUAAUUUUGGGUGGGGGGGGGAGGUGGGGAUGGGAGGAGAGAGGGGAGUCAGCCUGAACCGCUCGGCUCUCCCUCCCUUCCCUGCGUCACUUCCCCCUCCCCUGUCAACCAAUGCCCUGCGAGCCCCUAGGGUUCGGGGGUUGGGGGAAGGGAGGGCGUAGGGGCAGGGGGUUGAAUCUGAGGAUGGGGCAGGGGGUCAGGGAACGUUGGGGGGGUUAGGGAAGGGUGUCUGCCGGGCCAAGGAGAGGCGGGGCGAGGGGCAGAUCCGGGUUGUCCCUGCGCCAACUGGUCCCGGCUGUCCUCCGGGUCGGGUUGGCGUCCCCCUCCGUGCUGGGCGGACCCAGAGCUGGAUCAUGCCUGGAUCUGGAGUGGUCCCGGAAGCUGAAGAAGACCCGGAGCUGGAUCAGAUCUGAAUCUGGAGCGGUCCCGGGAACUGAAGACCUGGAGCUAGAUCUAGAGGGGCCCCGGGAGCUGGAGAAGACCCGGAGCCGGAUCAUUCCUGGAUGUAGAGGGGCCCCGGGAGCUGGAGAAGACCUGGAGCCGGAUCAUUCCUGGAUGUAGAGGGGCCCCAGGAGCUGGAGAAGACCCGGAACUGGAUCCAUCUUGAAUCUGGAGCGGUCCCGGGUGCUGGAGAGAGCCGAGUUCUUUUUCCCCUCUCCCCUCCCCUGUCGGAGGCAGGGAAAGACUGGCGGGAGAGGAUCAGAGGGAAUCCAAUUCACAGGAGAGGGGUCCCCGAGAGCUGCAAGGAUGCGUGGGAUGGGGACGAGUCGUUUCCUGCAUCCUCCCAACCCCUGCUGAAAGACCCGGGGAGGGAGGAGAGGGAGGGUUUGGGAAUGGUGUGGGAAGGAAGCAGUUUCAACGGGAACUUUCCAAUGGGCGCUGGGGAAUGGAGUCAACUGUUACAAGGAGAUGGCGGAGGUGGGUGGGGGAGAUGGGGCUACACCUCUACACCCACCCCGGCCCUGGGGGGUGGUGGUGGUCAGGAGUCACGUAUAGACCGAGAAGAGCAGGGAAGCAGGUGCCCUGGUCACUGGGAAGGGGACCAGCGAUGUCUCCCAGUCCCGGACCCAGAGUCGGUUCGUGCCUUGGGUGCAGUGCGAGCUGCCGGGCCGGCAGGGGUGGCAGAGUUGCAGUCCCACCAAGCCUGCUGCGUGCACCCAUGGGGGGGAGGGAUGACCUCUGAACUCUGCCCCCCAUCAGCCUGGGCCACCGGUGGGGGCUAUACUGGUGAGGUCGGUGCUUUCUAGCCUGUUACACGGGAGUAGGCAGAUUGAGGAAAGAAAGGGAGGCAGUAGCUGAAGGGGGGGGGGGGUGGGGGGCACCGUGCUUAACUCGCAGGCUCAGGGGAACAACAGUAGAGAGCUCCCCCGACAGACUGAGUCGCCCCCUACCUAGCCGGCAGACUGUUGGCCGGUCGGCAAUUGCCAGCGUUCAAUUGGCAAUUUUAGAAAAAAGUUCAAAAGAUAAAGUAUUUGAGUUUCACAGAGACAUAUGUUACAAGGGGAGGGAGUUAAAGGCUCCAACCGAGAGCACAGCGGCGCCCUUGAGGACCAAGCAAUUUUAACCUAAAUCCUCCCCCAACCCAUGAUAUUCGGACUUCGUGUGGUAUAAAGAUACACUGAUUCUUUGUGAGUUUUUCCCCCCUAUUGGCUAUUAAAUCGAUCAUGUGUAGUCUUAA